AUGCCAUUCUGAUCACGCACAAUUGUCAUUUCGUUAUUCUUCUGACUUAGACAUCAACCGCUUGCCAGACACACAUACCGGCAGGUUCAAGGCACUGAUCCGCGCGCACCUUGCCUCGCCUGCUAUAGAUCUUCGCUUUGCAAUCUUGGUGGUUUCGUUUCGACAACGAAUGCGGUUUCGCCCCGAAUAGCGCCACGUUCUUCCUUACAUCUCCUGCCGCAUAGGCUCCGCUCCGCAUAGGCUCCGGGCGAGCCACAUUUUCCUUCCGCGCCCCUCAGCCCCUCAGCCCGUGCCCAUUCCACAUUCCCGGCUUUUGAGACGUCUCAAAACCCGUGUCCUGCAGUACUUGCCCAUUCCUUAUUCCCGGGCCGUAGUAGUAGGCUUCGUCACCAUGGAAGUACGUCGCUCGCUCCCAACACCCUUCUUAUUGCUACUAGCUUCGCUCGCGCUUCAGAUCAUUUUUGUCGCCCUAGCAGCGGAAACGACCGGACCAGCCAGCCUCGAGACGUGCACAGCGGCUUCUGGCGAGGCCGGAGCCGAGAAAAACACAUGCGCCAACGUCCCCGCCGCCGCCGCCGCCGCCGAAAGCGCCGCGUCUGCAGCUUCUGACGGCGCGGGAGACGAUGCAGAUGCGGGGGUUCCGACGCUGGCGCUGACCCUCGAAACUGCGCGCGCGGGGGCGGAGGGCGCGGAACCCGAGGGCGAGCGGCGCGUGGUGCAGCUGUCGGCGUGGAGCCCGCGCGCGUAUCUGUUCAAGCGGUUCCUGUCGGAGGAGGAGUGCGACCACAUCGUCGCACAGGCUAACCCGCGGCUGCAGCGAUCGUCCGUGGUGGACGGGGUGGACGGGCACGUGUCGGUGAGCCAAGUCAGAACCAGCAGCGGCAUGUUCAUGGAGAAGGGCGAGGACGAGGUCAUCAAGCGCAUUGAAGAGAGGAUAGCCGUCUGGACCUUCCUCCCCCUUGCCAACCAGGAGUCGCUGCAGGUGUUGCGGUAUGGCGUGGGGCAGAAGUACGACGCGCAUCACGACUACUUCGACGACCCCAAGCACCUGCAGAGAGGCGGCCACCGCUAUGCAACUGUCCUCAUGUACCUCAACAACGUGACCAAGGGCGGCGAGACAACCUUCCCAAUGCACAAGGACCCCACGCCCAAGGACGACUCGUGGUCCGACUGCGCUCAAGGCGUGCUGGGCGUGAAGCCCAUCAAGGGCGAUGCGCUGCUCUUCUUCAACAUGCUGCCGGAUGGCAGCCCCGACGAGAGCAGCCUGCACCACGCGUGCCCUGUGGUGGAGGGGGAGAAGUGGUCCGCUCCCAAGUGGAUCCACGUAGGGAGUUUCGAUGAGCCGGCAGCUCAAGGCGGGGGUGCCUGUGUUGACAGCAACGCAUUCUGUGAGGCGUGGGCGGAGAUGGGAGAGUGCGAGCGCAACAAGGACUACAUGAUCGGCUCUAAGGGCUCUCCAGGUGCCUGCAGGAAGUCCUGCAAGGUGUGCAGUGCAGAGGGCGCAGACGAGGCUGAGGGUGCUGCUGCCGAGGGUGCUUCGGAUGGUGAUGAUGUGCCAGCUGAGGGUGAAUUGAAGAAUGACGGUGCUGAUGAUGAGGCUAAUGGUUCUGCUGCUGAUGCUGCAGCUGAUGCAGCAGAGGCAGGCACGGCUUCUGCAUGAGAGAGCCCUUUUAGGUGCCUCAAGCGUUACAACUGACAAAGCAUAGACACUACAUGUUAGGUUUCAAUGCUUAUACCAGCCUUCUGUAUUGUAGAUACUGCAUAAGCACCGUGCCUGCUCAACGAUAAUAAUGUUGGA